AUGGCCACCGCCGAGAUCACCACUCCCAGUGUGAUCGCAAAGCCUGUCCAACCCAUGUCGUUCCUUGUCGGGUCAACCCCAUUCUACGUCAUGCUCGUGGUGUGCAUCGUGAUAUUCGCACUGACCAUACUCGCAGCAUCCUGGCGGAAGCUUUGCCACCGGGACGCUGCGACCAGCGACAACGACGACGUAUAUGUUGAAUUAAAGCUCGAGUCGUAA